AUGGCCGACUUCUACCCCGAGGCGCGGAAGCGCUUCCCCGCACUCCAGUCCACCGACCAAGUCUUCCUCGACAACGCCGGCGGCAGCCAGACCCUCGACACCGUCAUCGACUCGAUCCGCGACUACCUCUGCCACCAGAACGUGCAGCUCGGCGCCACCUACGCCGCCGGCCGGCGCGCGACCGCCACGCACGCCCGCGCCCUCGCCGACGCCGCCGCCUUUUUGCAGGGCGCCACCGACGACGAGGUCGUCUUCGGCGCCUCCGCCACGCAGCUCCUGCGCACGCUCUCCUGGACGCUGCGCUUCCGCCCCGGCGACGAGGUCGUCGUCUCCGCCAUCGACCACGAGGCCAACGUCGCGCCCUGGGUCGACCUCGCCGAGCGCCAGGGCCUCGAGCUCCGCUGGUGGCGACCCCGCGACGCGCUCGACCCGGAGCUGCACGCGCUCGACCUCGCGCCGCUGCUGACGCCGCGCACCCGCCUCGUCUGCUGCACCCACGCGAGCAACGUGCUCGGCACCGUGACGGACGUGCGCGCCGUCGCGGACCUGGCGCACGGGGUGGGCGCGCUGCUGUGCGUGGACGGCGUCACGUUCGCGCCGCACCGCCUGGUCGACGUGCGCGCGCUCGGCGUCGACUUUUACGUCUUCUCGUGGUACAAGGUGUACGGGCCGCACCUGGCCACGCUCUACGCGAGCUGGGCCGCGCAGACGCGCAUGCGCUCGCUCGGACACCUGUUCAACGCGCACACCACGCUCGCCGACAAGAUGGGGCUGGCGGCGGGGAGCUAUGAGCUGUGCCACGGCGUCUCCGCCGUCGUCUCGUACCUCGGCGGUCGCGAGUACGGAUCCUGGAGCGCCAUGGAGGAGCACGAGGAGGCCCUCACCGAGACCCUGCUGGCGUACCUCCGCCAGGUCCCCGGCAUCACAAUCUACGGCAAGCGUGUCAUGCAGGAGUCCCGCCUGCCCAUUGUCAGCUUCACGGUGGAUGGAUGGAGCUCGCAGGAACUGGUCGAGGCCAUCGAGGCCCGCUCCAACUAUGGCCUGCGCUGGGGUGCCUUCUACUCGAACAGGCUGGUCCGCGAGACGCUGAUGCUCAAGAAGGACGGUGUGGUGCGGGUAAGCUUGGCACAUUAUAAUACAAUGGAAGAGGUGCUUGGCCUCAUAAAGGUCCUCAAGGAGGUGCUUUCGUUAUCGAGCGAGUGA